AUGGCCGACUUACCAUCAGCACGUCAACAGGCAGUUAGGAGCAAAGGUCAAUCCAACUGUGCUUAUCACCAUGGAAACAAGGUGAUUUUCGAGUGUGAAACGUGUAAUGAACUUGGAUGUCUCCAGUGUCUAUAUACAGUUCAUAGGAACCACGUUCUGGGAGACCUAAGUAUCAAAAUAGCAGCGAAGAAAGAAAACAUUCAGCAGUUUAUUGAGCAUAUAGAGAAAAAGGAUUUACUUGAAGUCAGAAAUGAGUUGGAUUGGACAGACAAUGAACUGAAAAAUAAUUCUGAACAUUUUGCGAAUCAUAUCAUACAUUUGACGGAACAAGGCAACCGAAUGAAAGAAGAGAUAGACGCUCAAAUUGCAAAAUUUACAGGACUUUAUAAAGUAUUGGAAGAAGAAAAUGCUUUGGAAUUGAAGAAUUUCAAGGAAAAACUUCAUAAAAGGCUGCAAAGUUUUGAAAAACAUUUGCAAAAAUGUAAAGAGUUCCUUCAAACUGGAGGUGAUGUUGAGAUCUACGACUUUGAUAUUCCUGAUGCUUUAGUAUAUCCAUUCAAACCGUCUCUUAAAAGUGUCAGGUUUACUCCAAAUGACCACUUUUAUGAAAACCUUGAAAAGGCAUUUGGUACCUUUGAACAUGUCGAUCUGCACGAGAGAGAUGCAAUCCCUGACAUAUUUUCAGGUUCGUCGUGGUCUACUCUGUCGAAUGACCUUGCUACAACUAGAUCAAUACAUUCAGAGACAAACAAACAUUUGCAUGAGAAACGUUCCCAGCCAGAACCUGUGUCAUCCAAGAAUAGACUACUACCAAAAGCUAAAGUGAUAACUGAAGGCGCUGUUUCAUCUAACUUUGGAAAUACCAUAUGUACCGACCAAGAUGAUAGAGUUUGGGUGACUUAUUCUGACAUGAAAGGUGUAAUUCUCUUGCACAGGAACGGCCUCGUGUACGCACGGGUGAGCUCCAACCUGAGAAUUAGGGAUAUUAGUGUUUCUCCGACCACACAAACCCUUUGGGCCUGUUCCGCGGACAAUUGGUCCGUGAUGGAUUGCUCGCUGUCAAAAAAUCCAUGUUUUCGUUUCCAAUUCUUCACCAACGACAGGCCCGUUUGUCUGUGUGCGACACAUGACAAUCGCAUCCUGAUCGGAACCAAUCAAAAACUCACCAAAUUCACACUUGCUGGCCGAAAGAUAAUUUCUACGAAAUUGUCAGGAACGGAAAAUUUCAAUGGGCACAAUCCAGUCAAGAUUUCCGAAUGUAGGGUUUCUCAAAAUAUCGCAAUUUUGGAUCUAAGCGUAUCCGAUGAAAACACUCCUCGGAGACAGGUGCUUGUCAUGAACAAAAACUUCGAAAUACUGUUCAAAUACACAGAUGACAUGCCGAUUUUGGAGCCCACGUAUAUUUCGUAUGACAGUCAUGGAAGCCUGGUUAUAGCUGACAGACGUUUUGUUCACCUUGUCAGUGAUCAGGGGAAACACAUUUCGGUUAUACACUCCGACAGCACGUGUAUCAGUGCGAUGGGUUUGGAUCAGGACAAUAUCGUCUGGAUUGUUACUGAUUUGGACAAGGUGAAGCUUCUACAAUACUAUCGUGAUUCUAGCUAUGGCAAAUCUUGUACUAUUUCCUGA